GAAAAGGAAAGUAUCGUCCUUUUUUCUUAUCAUAAUCAUAACAAUCUCUCUGCUCAAUUCUUUCUUCUUCCUCUUCCAUCUCUUCGAUUUUGAAAUUGCUCACCCUUUUAUUCGACCCCUUGAUCGUUUCUUCGAAUUCAGAUGGAGGGUUGCUGUGAUCAAUGGCAAAACCCCUUUAUCGCAACCGAUGCUUCCUGACAACGCAAAAGCUGAUCUUUCUGUGAGAUCUGAAUCUGACAUUUUGUUUGGAAGAUCCCUUCGAGGUUUUUGAGCUCGACCCAGUUUUCUGUUUUGUUAUUCUUCGGUAUUUUGUUUCCUUUCAUCGGCAGCUGAAGAAGCUUUAGAAUCGAGCUCCAUGGAUCUGCCGACGGGAGACCUGAAUUCUAGUUGCCAAAUCAGUCAAGAUGCCCAUUUCGAGCAAUCUAGUCCGGAAUUGAUGGAAGUUCAAGAAAGUCGUGAUACAGUUGAUAGCCCUCUCGAUGGUGAAUACAGGUUAGGAUUUCCUCUAACAUCUCCUGAUCUAGUAAUUUGUGGGGCUUCACCUGAUAUUCCGAGAGUUAGCUGUGGAGGUUCACCGGAAUUUGCUCAGAAAAACAAGUUUUCCACCGAACUCUCUCUGGAGAAUGGCAUUGAUGGUCCUGAUACCCGAGACAGCCGGAAAACCCCAGCCGUAAAGUUUUCAACAAUCUGCCAAACAUUCGGCUACGAGUUGUCUCCCGAGUCUUCCUUCGAGCUACCUCAUCCACUCGACCAUUUCAGGGAGGGUUCAAGUCCUAUCAUAAGUAUCAACUCGGGCUCUACAAGUGAAACUGUGACAGUGGGAGAUGUAAAUUUCUCGAAGGAUGAAUUUUUCAGUGGGGGUGAAACUAUCAGAACUGAUGCUGCUGUUGGUGAAGGAGACGAGCUCCUGUUGUACCAAACAGCUCGAUCUGGUAACUUCUCUUACAAGUUUCAGUCUUUGGAGCCUGGUGACUACUUAAUAGACCUGCAUUUUGCUGAAAUUGAGUUCAUCGAUGGCCCGCCUGGGAUUCGAGCAUUUGAUAUAUUUAUUCAAGGAGCGAAGGUCAUAUCCUGCUUGGAUUUAUUUGCUCAAGUAGGAGCAAACAGACCUCUUGUGAUAGCAGACUUAAGGAUGCUAGUUGAUCAUAAAGGGGAGUUAUCAAUCAGAUUCGAAGGAGUGACAGGGAUCCCAAUUCUGUGUGGCAUUUGUAUUAGGAAAGAUGGAAUAAGUACAUAUGUUGAAGAAGCUGAACCACUGGAGGUUGAAGAUACAAUUGACACUGUUCAGUCUCAAUCAGCAGAAGAUAUGGGUGUCUGCAUGGCUGAAAAUGAACAUCAAAAAUUGAGAAGUGAUUAUGAGAGCCAGAAGAAAGAGUUAGCAGAAACGAGGAGAAUGGUGGAAGAACUUAAGCAAGAGAAUCAACUUAAGAGUAAAGAAUCUGAGGAUGCCUGGAAUUCUCUCCGGGAGCUUCAAAAUGAACUCAUGCGGAAGUCGAUGCAUGUUGGCUCUUUGGCUUUCGCCAUCGAGGGCCAAGUCAAAGAGAAGAGCAGAUGGUUCUCUUCAUUAAGAGAUUUGACAAGAAAAUUGAAGAUUAUGAAAAUGGAGCAAAUUAAGCUAUUGGAGGAGGCCUCCACAUACAAAAUGCUAGCCAAAGAUAUGAAUGAAAUGGGCUCUCAAAUCCAGUCGAAAAUGAAACAGCAAGCAGAGUUGCAUGAAGAUCUCAAAGUCAAAUUUGUUGGAGGAGAAAAAGAAAGGAAGGAACUGUACAACAAGAUUCUAGAGCUGAAAGGAAACAUCAGGGUCUUUUGUAGAUGUCGGCCCUUAAACUCUGACGAAAUUGCGGCAGGAACUUCUUUGGCUUUUGAUGUCGAGUCGGCCAAAGAUGGAGAACUCGUAGUCAUGUCAAAUGGGGUUCCCAAGAAAACCUUCAAGUUCGAUGCUGUUUUUGGUCCUCAAGCUUCCCAAGCUGAUGUUUUCGAAGACACUGCUGCGUUUGCCACAUCAGUUAUCGAUGGAUACAAUGUUUGCGUAUUUGCUUAUGGCCAGACCGGUGCAGGGAAAACCUUUACCAUGGAAGGAACAGUGAAUGACCGGGGUGUGAAUUACAGAACACUUGAAAAACUAUUUCAGAUAGUUAAAGAACGAGAAAAUCUAUACAAAUAUGAGAUCUCAGUCAGUGUCUUGGAAGUUUACAAUGAGCAAAUAAGAGAUUUACUGGUCCCAAUUUCUCACAUUGCACCGGCGGCAAGAAAACUCGAGAUAAGGCAAGUAAGUGAAGGAAUCCACCAUGUACCAGGCUUGGUUGAAGCACGUGUAAGAAGCAUAGACGAGGUCUGGGAUGUUCUGAAAGCUGGAAGCAGUGGUAGGGCUGUUGGAUCAACAACUGCUAAUGAGCAUAGCAGCCGAUCUCACUGCAUUCACUGUGUAAUGGUGAGAGGAGAGAAUUUGUUGAAUGGAGAAUGCACAAAGAGCAAACUUUGGUUAGUGGAUUUAGCAGGAAGUGAACGAGUUGCAAAGACAGAAGUGCAAGGAGAACGACUUAAGGAGACUCAGAACAUUAACAGAUCAUUGUCUGCCCUCGGUGAUGUCAUAUUUGCUCUUGCAAACAAAAGCCCUCAUAUUCCUUUCAGAAAUUCAAAGCUCACCCACUUGCUUCAAGAUUCUCUAGGAGGAGACUCGAAGACCCUCAUGUUCGUGCAAAUCAGUCCUAAUGAGAAAGACCUCAGCGAGACACUAUGCUCGCUGAAUUUUGCUAGCAGGGUGAGAGGGAUAGAGCUGGGGCCUGCAAAGAGGCAGUUGGACAAUACUGAACUCUUGAGAUACAAGCAAAUGGUUGAUAAAUCAAAGCAAGAUAUGAAAGGAAAAGAAACGCAAAUGAAGAAAAUGGAGGAAGUAAUCUACGGUUUAGAAUCAAAGAUCAAGGAACGAGAUGCUAAGUACAAGACGCUCCAAGAUAAGGUCAAAGAACUUGAAUUGCAACUGCUGGUGGAGAGGAAAUUAGCUCGUCAACAUGUGGACACCAAGAUUGCUGAGCAGCAGCAGAAGGCAAUCCAGCAGAAUGAGGAUGAAAACAAUGGACCGACAAAUCCACAAUUAGCAAACAGAGUCCUAGGAAGCAACUGGAACUCAAAUGAAGCAGCAGUUCUGAAAGAGACUGUAAAUCCAGCCCGACCACCGCUUUCUGAGAACAACACCUACAAUCAACUUCCUUUACCUCUCCCUACAUCUGAUGGUAGUCUCAAAUACAUUGACCUCAUGGAGAAAGAGAACAACCCAGAAGCGAUUGAGCAAAUGCGAGUACCCAAGAGGACAGGAAGAGCCUCCAUUUGCACCUUUGCGAAAAGGGUCCCACCAGCCCCGGUUCCAAGGAGGAGUUCCCUUGCUCCACUCCCCUUCAUCCCAACUCCAUCACCUUCAUCUCUAAUGGCACCACGCCGAGUUGACAGGAUCACUGAGGAGGAAAACUGUCCUGAUCAAGUUCAUUGCAUCAGUCCAAAGCUACAAAAAAGUAAUGGAAAGAUGCUUAGCAGUAUACUAAGACGAAGCCUGCACAAAAGGAUGCAAAUGAGGACAUCCCCAAGACAGCAUCACUUGAGAAGAGGAGGCAUAAAUGUCGGAAUGGAGAAGGUCAGAGUCUCCAUAGGAAGCAGAGGAAGAUUAGCUCAAAGAGUACUGCUAACCAAUGCUCGUAGAGCAGGUUUAAAGGAGACCCAACAGAGACAGAUUCAAAAGGAGAAAGACAGAUGGGUUUGAACACUGUUAAUCCAUUUUCAUUCUAUGGGAUGAUUGAUGCUUAUCAUCCUUUCCAUUUGUGUGGUUUGUGUCGAUUAACCUUACUGUACAUAUCACUAUUUCUUUGUGAGUUGUGUAUUCUUUCUAUGAAAGCUUGAUGAUUGCUUGAAUCUUUAGUUGAACA